GGGCGAAAGCCAACAGAAACAACAAUAAUUUGUAUUUAUUUGACUGUUUAUUCGUAUGGUUUUCAUCCAAGUAAUAACUAUACAUAGUAUAACAAAUUUGCAAAAUUAAAAAAGGAAGACUCUGUUUAAAAAAAAAAAGCGUCCGUGUUAUCUCCGUGUACCAAAUGGAGGCGAUCGUUAUUGUAGAUAAAAGUUCGUUUCGGAACUGUAAACAUUUUACCAGAAACUGGACAGUGGGGCAAAUUGUCUUGUAGAUUGAGAAAAAAGUCCAAGUUUUUGUUUGCUGCUGGAUAUGUUUUAUACCGACAAAAUUAAUUUAAAUUACAAAAAACAGUUUAAUGCAUCAUGGUCAUUAAUCUUUAACGUUAGUUAUAUAAAUUAUCAAAACUAAUCAACUUAAUUUUACUACACAUUGUUUCUUUAUCAAACGUAAAAUAAAUUUAUAUUUAGGGAUUAUCUUCAAUAUCUGUAAAGUGUACUGGAAUAAAUUAUCAGACUGUUGUUAAUAUUUGUGAUAUUAUUAUGGUACCCAUCUAAUAUUUUAAAUUAAAACGACCUUCAAGAAGUAAAAAUAAGAAUUAAAUUAUUUCCAGUAACAUCUGCUGUAGCGAUUACAAUACAUUAAAACUAUUACAAUUAAUUAUGAUCAUUGAUACCCCAUUGUGGAAUAUCAGCAAUGAGGAAGGUUUGGAAACAGCAGCCUCCACAGUAUAUGAACCAGCUGAGGACACAUUUCUAAUGCUAGAUGCCUUACAACUGGACCUUGAACAUAUAGUUAUUGAUCGACUGACUUGUCAAAAUAAAGCUGUUGCAGAUCCAUGUUUAAAACGUGGACUAUUAUUAGUUGUUGAACUAGGUUGUGGUGCUGGUCUUUUAACUGCUGCUGUUGGUAAAGCUCUCCAUAGUUGUGAAUCCGUUGGGGUUCAUUGCUUGGCAGUUGAUGUAAACCCAGCUGCUUGCCAUGCUACAGCUCAAACAUGCCAACUCAAUGGUGUCCAGGUAGAUGUGAUCCAUGGCGAUUUGCUAACAUGGAUGCGGCAUUUUGAACCUACCAACGCAAUUAGUGAUCACAGUAAUGUAUAUGGCCCCAUUGAUAUACUCUUAUUUAACCCUCCAUACGUACGAGGCCCUGAUGGUGAACCUGCAUUAUCACCUACAACAACAAAAAUCGACCAGAAAGAUCAGGUUGCACAAGAUCAAUUGUUAUCUAUUAUGGCAGAUGCUGCUUGGCUUGGUGGUGGUCCAGACGGUGUAGACGUGCUUAAGCGGGCCUUGCAUCAAGCGGCUGAUUUGUUAUCUGAACAAGGGGUGUUUUAUGCCUUGAUGAUUGACUACAACUACAGAGCACUUGUGCGUGAUGAAAUGGAAGCCCGUCAAAAAUGGACCACCAAUAAUGACAUAAUCUAUAAAAAAACUUCAGCUGAUGAUGUCAUUCUGACAACUUUUGGUAGUAACUCCACUAACAGACCUCUUGCAUGUCACAAAAUCUUGUCUCGUCAUGUACCAGGAGAGCGUUUGGCAGUCUACCGAAUUUACCGCCCACAUAUUUAGAACUCUACCUCUGACAAUAAUUGAUUAUUAUUGCUUGCUAUAUUUGUGUUCACUUUAAAUCAAUAUUCCAAAAGAUAUAAUUGUUAUUUAAUUUUAAAAAUGAUUAAGUACAUUAUUAUUACAAUUAAUACUGUUUAUUUCAGUCACAUAUACAUUUACUAAGAAAAA